AUGGCGUUAAUUGCGCCCAGGAACAGCGCACCUUACAUCAGGGAUAGCUUGAACACUCCAGCGUACGAGAUAAAGUUGGAGAGUGUGCUAGGGCUGACUGUGGGUAGUAACGCGGCUCUAGACUGUGAUCCCAACACCGAGCUUGUCGCAUAUCCUGCAGGAUGUACGGUAGUGUUGUACAAUGCUCGGAAGAACAGACAGACACACGUGCUGAACGCUUGUCGCAAGAGCGUGACGUGUGUGGCUUUCUCCCCAGAUGGGAGGUACCUGGCGACUGGCGAGUGUGGACAUGCGCCGGCUGUGAGAGUGUGGGAUCUUCAGGAUCCCACAGCAUCUGGUGCAGUGCAAAUAGCUGAGUUUCCUGGACACACCCAUGGAGUUAGUUGUGUGGCAUUCUCAACAUCAUCAAAGUACCUGGUGUCAAUUGGUUCGCAACAUGACAUGAUUGUGAAUGUGUGGGAUUGGCGGGCGAACCUCAAGUUGGCCAGUAAUAAGGUUUCAUCUCGUGUGAAGGCGGUGAGCUUUGCGGAGAAUGGGAACUACUUCGUUACUGUCGGCUUCAGGCAUGUCAAGUUUUGGUACCUGGAGUAUUCUAGGAACGCCAAGUUUAAGGAGCCAGUACCCCUAAUGGGGAGGUCAGCAAUCUUAGGAGAGCAGAAAGACAAUGAGUUCUGCGACGUGGUCUGCGGUCGAGGAGCCUCGGCAGAGAGCACGUUCGCGAUUACUCGCGGAGGGCUGCUGUGUGAGUUCAACAGCAGAAGACUGUUGGAUAAGUGGGUGGAGUUAAGGACUACGUCAGCGAAUUGUAUGGCGAUAGGUUCGAACUAUAUAUUCGUGGGAUGCGCUGAGGGCAUAGUGAGGUGCUUUGCCCCCGAUUCGCUUCGGUACAUCACUACGCUGCCCCGCACUCACUACUUAGGGGUCGACGUGGCGCAAGGUACCAACAUUAGCCAUAUGUUCAGCCAACCGCAAAACGCGCGGUACCCGGACGCCGUGGCGCUCACCUACGACGAGAGGAACCACAAGCUGACCUGUGUCUACAACGACCACAGCCUGUACGUGUGGGAUGUGAGGGACAUCAAGAGGGUUGGCAAAUCACAUUCGGCCCUGUACCAUUCAGCUUGCAUCUGGGGCGUAGACAUGAUAGGGUCGGUGGAGGGCACCGUACCUCCUGGGACCUUCCUCACCUGUUCCAGCGACGACACUGUGCGGCUGUGGCAUGUACUCUCACCGAAAGAUCACAAUAUUUAUAGUAAUGAGUUAAGUAAAAUACUGUAUAUUGAUUCGGAGUUGAAGUUCUUGAAGGAUGUGGACUUAACAGCGACAAAUGAUAAGGACAAGUCCAAGAGCUAUGAUGAUAAAACUGGUGUUAGGUGCGUGCGCGUGUCGCCGGACGGGCAGCACAUCGCGUCGGGCGACCGCGCCGGCAACGUGUGGGUGCACUCGAGCGGCGGCGCGCUGCUGCACACGCUGGAGGCGCACGACGCCGAGGUGCUGUGUCUGGAGUACGCCGCGCGCCCGCGCCUGCUCGCCUCCGCCUCGCGCGACCGCCUCAUACACGUCUUCCACGUCGACCGGGGUUAUCAAAUCCUUCAAACGUUAGAUGAUCACUCGUCCUCUAUCACGGCGGUGAGGUUCCUGAACGCGGGCGGCGGUCUACAGAUGGUCUCAUGCGGCGCUGAUAAGACAAUACUCUUUAGACAACUGAGAACGACACAAGACGGCAGUUAUCAGUUCGCUCGAGGUCAAAACGUCUCUGGAAGAACUACGCUCUAUGACAUGGAAGUUGACGCUGGAGGCAGACAUAUUCUCACCGCUUGUCAGGAUCGCAACGUGCGCGUGUAUAGCGCGGCGCACGGCCGCCACACCAAGACCUUCCGCGGAACCACCGCCGAAGACGGAACACUCAUCAAGGUGGCGCUGGACAACAGCGGGAUCUACCUCGCGACGUCCAGCACGGAUAAGAUAUUGAGCGUGUACGACUACUACUCCGGGGAGUGUAUGGCGACCAUGUACGGGCACUCAGAGAUCGUCACUGGACUGAAGUUCACCCCAGACUGCCAGCACCUGAUCUCAGCGUCGGGCGACGGUUGUAUCUUCGUGUGGCGAGUCCCACACGACAUGGUCGUCACUAUGAGAGCCAGGUUGGCGCAGCAGGCCAUACGGCAGGGGAAAAAAGUACCAGCAAGCAAUGGUAUGUCAGGACUGGACAGUGAGAGUGAUUCUCACUUCGGUUCUCCUCCGCGGGAGCUUCCGUACGAAGAGAACAAGUUCACUCCGCCUGUGGUACCAGAUUAUACGCUCCGCAUCGGUCGGCUGCCCACGUGGGCCAAGAAGAGCCUGGGCGACGACGCGCUCGCCGCAGAGCCCGCCCCGCAACCGCCCGCCAGGGGCAAGUGGGCGCAGCGGAUACAGCCCAGCCACGAAAAGCGCGGCGACUCAGACGGCUCCAAAGACAGCUCCCUCGACAGUGGCACGGACACACGGUAUAUAGAGAAACGGAAAGAGACAACCGUUAAACAGAGGCCGAAGUCGCUGAACAUAUCCCAGUUGCCGAGAAUAGAGGCGUUGUUCAAGCACUUCGACACGACCUUCACGCGAACGUACGAUUUAUUCGCCUUGUCGCCUACAAUAAACAAGAACAAGGUGACGCUUAAUUUGUCGCAAAGUCGCACGACUGAGACGCGGACACGACAUCACACCGACGAUUCGUCGCUCGGCAGUUUUAAGUACGAGGAUCAGGAGUCGACAGAACAUGAUGGAGACAUCGAAGACAUAUCGGAUGGAGAGAGGACAUCUUCUUCUGAUAGGGGAAACAGGACCACGUAUUAUCCUGGCAAUAAUGAUGAUGAUACUCCAGGAGAGUUCAUGGUGAACGCAAUGGACGCGGAGGAGUUGCGGCAGUCGAUGCGGCGCUCCAAGCGCUGGACGGCCGACACGCGCCUCGACAUCCCUCCGCAGGCCUCGCUGAGCGGCUCGGGGCAUGACUCGGAUGAUGACGAGGUGUCGACUCCGUCGGGCGACAACGCGGAGCGCAACCCGCUGUCAGGCUCGUGCGAGUCCAUCGACACGGCGGGCCGCCGGGAGCAGUACAUCAAGUCCGCCUUCGACAGCCUCAGCGGAGCCGACUUGGACGCUACCCUUACCGCUGGAAACACAUCUCUGUCAUCACAGCACUUGUCACGUGGCCCUCCCCCCGCGCGCCCCUUACCCGCGCCACGCACCCCCUCCAAGAUGUUAGACCCCGACGCUGCAAGGAGACGAGAAGAACUCAAUAGGAGGAUAUUGGAGACUAGAAGACAGUUGGAGAGUGUGGCCUUUCGCUCAAACUUAAAAUCCAGUCAGUCAUCAACGGACCUCUCCUACAUACCCGAGAAGGACAACUCUCGGCGCACUCGACCUGUCUCCAUGGCCAUACCGUCCAACACUAGGCCUUACGAUUAUGUUGACAAUAUUGCUCCCUAUGUACCGCCCCAUGCGAACAUUAGUACUGCCCAAAAAGAAAAAAAGAUCCAUUACGUUCCAUACGAUACAAAACCUAUGGUCUUUAAAGAACAGUUACCACAAAAACAAACUAUGGCAUUCACUGUAGAUAUGGGGAAACCUGUCCAAUCAAAAGUAUUUGAUCGUCUUUUUCCCGACAAAGAACCUAAACCAAGAAAUUUUCAUUUAAACUUGACGAAACAUGAUGAGAAACCGAAGGUACCUAAACCAUCUAAUCGAAGCAUUUUUAAGAAUUAUAAAUCUUGUCCAGUAUCACCGGUUUCUGAAGAGUGUAAGUGGGCUGAUAAAGCCAAUCAAAAAACCCAAAACCCCGAAACAAACUCUCUAGACCCGAAAAAGAGAAAUUCUUUAAGUUUCUUUGUUGGUUUUGACCAUAAAAAUAUUAAAGAUAACGGCAAAAGUAUCGUCGAUACUAUAAAGUCUGAUACGGAGAAAAUGAUUGCUGAAAUAACCAAAAAAUACGGAGAUUUAGAUGAAUUUGACGUCGAACACGAUCUGGAUCUUAAACCUACUAAAGAGAAAGAUGACGGUAAUUUUUCAUCUGAUUCUUUAGAAGAUUGUAGUCUUAGCCAAGAUGCUAGUUGCAAAAACAAACUGUACUCCAAAAAAGUAUGCAAAAAGCAUACUAAAAAUCCGCCAAGACGUGCAGUUUCUAACUAUGAAAUACACGGAAGUGAAAAACCUGUAGUACCCGCUAAACCUGCUUACAUAAUGAACCAGAAAAGUUCAACUUUACCUCGAAAUAUGCCUUCAAACCUUGAUGAUAUCGAUGAAGAUACCAUUAAGUAUAACACGGACUUUUACAGAUGUCAGAGUGUUUUAACAAAACGCUGUGUUACUAGAUCAAAUGAGUCGGUUCUGAGUGACAAUUCUAACUGCUCAAGUAUAUCGAACGAAAUAUUCUUGAAGUACGGCAAUGAAGCCGCAUUCCAACAAGCCAAAUUUGAUAGCAGAUACAAUUUGAACGAUUCGCAAAACUGUUCUUAUGAAAACAUAAACGAUACAGACUAUUUGGAGAAUCACAGGCACAGUAGUGCAAGUUUCUUUUUAAAUCAAAAGAAAUACAUGAAAAACAGUUGCAGCCAAGAAUCCGUUUUGUCAGACGACUUUUUGGACAACGAUAACCAAUUAUGCAGGACUAACUGUAAUUCUUUAGAAAGCGUAUUAUCUGAUGAUUCUGAGUGCACGAAGUCAGCACCAUUAGAAAUGCUAUUCGAAGGUGCAAAACCUAAAAAGCCACAGAAAAACACAAGUAUCCCUCGAAAUAGUAAAAGCUGUUACGAAUUUGAUAACACGUCAAAGAGCUAUGGUUCUAGCCCAAAUAAUGCUUAUUUCGGUUACAUGUACAAUAACUAUAUUGGCGAAGCAACUAGUCCGAAUUACAGAGAUACCAAUAUGACGAAAGUAGACCAGAAACCGCCUGUUAAUAAAGUUUACGGCUUCGAUGUACCUGCUGAUGGACAUAAGACAGUUACAAGAUCUAGAAGUUUAUACGAUUCUUCAUCUAAGCAAACUCCUCCUGCUAAAAAUAUUGCGUAUUAUUUCGACGGAAAUAACAUACAGCAGUAUACUAAGGAGAAAAAACUGACUGAUGAAAUACCAAGGUUAGAUAAGACUGAUUAUAUGGCAAACACAAGCAAGUCUCUACAACCAAAGUUCUCUAAUAAAUAUAAAAGCGAAAUGGUAGGAUGUGAACAGAAUAGUGCUAUGGUCAAGUCAAGAAGUUGUAGUUUCGAAGUUGUCUUAGAGCCGGCAUCGAAACCAAACCCAUUGAAAAAUUUAAUGGAAAAACGAAAUUCUCAUGUACAAAAGAAUUUGGAGAAAUUCGAAGAACAGAUUCGCAAAAAUACGCAAACUAAAGUAGGCAAGAACAAAGAAAAUAAAGACAAAGCGAAUAGUGGCAAAUAUACUAACGUUACUAAAAGUUUAGAAAGGGGUUCGGGACAAAAGAAUAAUAACACUAAAAUUACUAUGGAGUUUGUUCCACAUAAACCACCGAAACCAAUCAAACGAACGUCUUCGGUCAAAGUGAAUAAUAGACUAAAAGCUGGAAUUGAGAAAACUGGGCUUACAUCUUCAAUAUCCUCACAUUAUAAAGCGAAAUUAGAUGGACUUCAUAACAAAAACUAUUUGAGCAAUAAAAGGCCUGAAGAUUCAAAUUCAAAUUUAGAUAAUAGUGAGAAAACUUUUGAUGUUUUCGUGAAAGAGAAAGAUGUUAAUGAAAAUAAAUCGGAAAUACAAUUGGAUAGUCUAGAAGUUUAUGCAAUGCAACGCAUGGAAAGAAUGAAACAAGUAAGCAUGGAUUCACUAGAUGUAGAUGCCAACGAUUUUGCAAAAGAUUCUUUAGAUUAUUAUGCGGAACAAGACAAUAAAUUAUAUGCGAAAAAUGCCAAAGACAAACUAAAUAUGAAACUUACAAGAAAUGAUAAUGUAGGCCCUUGUCACAGUAGACAAGAAACUAAAGAGAAUGUAGCACCUGAAGAAAUAAAGAAAUACAAAUACAUAGAAAGGAAAAUUGAAAUUAUCAACAAAUUAGUUGAAAUGGAGGAACGUAAAAUGUUACAGGAAAAGAUUUUAAAAGAGUGGCGAAUGAGGCCUCUAAAGGCUAACAUAAAUGACGGAAAAGGCGUAGUAAAAGUGCUUUCUAGAAAAUUCGAAAAAUUAGCUACCAAACAGACUACUGUGCCUAGCUUCACAUCUUUGACUGUCGAAGAGGCUGAUACGGAUACAGAUACGAUUUCAGACAACAAAGAAAUUAAAAGAAAUCGUUCUUUACCUGACAUUUUAGACUCGGAUCAAAUAGGUGGUCUUGUUACAGUAGGUAUAGAUAAUACCAACGAAGCUGGUAAUGUAGAGCCAACUGAAGAUGUGAAAUUAAAUAACACUAUCCAAACAGAAACAGUAAUACCACCGAGGUCUUUAAAACAAAGAGUGUACAAUGAGAUGGUUAUACCAAAAACGGACGUACAUUUAGAUAGCGAAAAUUACGAAUCAUCUACUACAAGUUCCAGUUGUACAAAUUCUCCAAAAAGAUUAUCUUUUUACGGCUUUAGUCGACCGAAAACUCCUUUCAAAAAGAUCCUAAGGGGUCCUACACCUAGAUUGUGCAUGGAAAAUCGUAUUUUUCCAAAUAAAAUACGUCCUAUGUUAACGCCUAGGGGUUCUUAUUUAGCUAAAAGGGUAUUGGCUCAAAACCCGGUGUUGCCAUCGAAAUUUUCAACGCAACAAGCGAACCGAACGCAACCGUCCGCCUCGGACCGCGAGGAGGAGUCUCCCGGAAUGCGGCGCGCGAUCUCUCUAUCAGAUCUAGCCGCCAAGCCAAUCCCCUCGCCGAGGACACCGCAAGGUCCCACCUCCAAACCCACGACCCCUCAGAACGGGUCCUCCACUAAAUCGCCGAGUGGCUUCGUUCGCCCAGCACCGAGGUACAACAACAAGUCGAAUAUGACCAGGAGUUCUAGCGUUGGAGUACUCAACCAGAGCGAUUCCGAGUCGGACCCUCAACCGUCCCGCCAGCAACCAGCCAGACCUCAAGGUCUCAUGAGGCCCACUAUAUCUUCGAUGAACAAGCAAGCUUCGACCACAGCCAGGAGACGAGGACUGGCUAAUGCUUAUAGCGCAGUGAGUCUGUCGACGGCAGCUCACGAGGAGUCCAGCUCUGAGGCGGAGGGAACCAAUGACGUCACAAGACCGAGAGCCGCCUCCGUGGACCAUUCUCAGCGUAGACUUGGGCGGAGUGGCAGUGAGAGGGACCUGUCGGCGAAAGCGCGGGAGGUAACAGCCAGGUUGACGGCGAACACCAGGCCGAGAGCGAAACCUGAACCGCCUGCCGAUGCCAAUUUAUCUUCCUCCCAGCUAUGUUCAGCGCUGACGGAGCAGCUGACCAAGACGGCGUGUAAAGUAGUCCAGCUCUACACCAGCCUGCAGAGGGAGCCCAACGCUGCGGCGGAUAUCAGCGGCCUGGAGGCGGCCAUCCUGGAGACGCAGAAGGUGCUGCGCGGCGCCGUGGCGCGGCCGCAGAACGGCGGCGACGCGCUCAGCAGCCUCUCCUCCACCGACGGGGACUACCGCCUCAACGUCGACACCACGCGCCAGAAGCUCGACCACCUCGUCUCCAAAGAAGCCUCCAACACCGGUAACCCCGCGCUGUCCCUCAUAGAACAAUACUCCGACAUUCUACUCAACAUGAUGCAAAGUAAAAUGGUGAACCAAUUCUCCCAACCACAAAGCUUACCACCAAACACACGGGAACCCGGCAACGAGAGCUAG